AUAACCCAUUCCUGCCUCAGACAAACAGGCUGCAGCCAAAGACGUCCCCGUCUGCAGUAUCAGGCCCUGCACAUCUCUUUAGGCUUGCUGGCAAGUGUUUCAGUUUUGUGGAAUCAACGUACAAGUAUGAGUUUUGUCCUUUCCAUAAUGUCACUCAGCAUGAGCAGACUUUUCGAUGGAAUGCCUAUAGUGGGAUUUUAGGAAUCUGGCAUGAAUGGGAAAUUGACAACAACACAUUUGUUGGAAUGUGGAUGAGGGAAGGAGACUCAUGUGAAACUAAGAGCAGACAGACAAAGGUUCAUCUUGUUUGUGGAAAGAGCAAUAAAUUGGCUUAUGUGUCUGAGCCAAGUACUUGCGUUUACUCUCUGACAUUUGAGACUCCUCUUGUGUGCCAUCCCCACUCUCUUUUAGUUUAUCCAACUCUGACUGAAGCACUACAAAAGAAGUGGGAUGAAGCAGAGCAGCUUCUGUAUGAUGAACUAAUAACUGUCCAGGGUUACAAAAAAAUCCUGAAAGACAUUUUUGAGGAAGCAGGACUUCUGAAAGCAACAGAAGAAAAGGAAGUUGAGAAACAGAAUAAGAAAAUAAGUUUUGAAUUUGAAACAGUGGAGAAAUGCAGUAAGGAAUACAAGCAACUUUCUGAAGAAAUAAAAACCCUGAAAGACUUACUAAGUCAGCAUGGUAUUCCAUACAAAGGAAAUUUGGCUGAAAAUACCAGUGUUGAACAUGUAAGUCACAAACUGGCAAUUGCAGUGACAACUCUUCUUAACUCGUCAAAGGAUGAUGAGCACCUCCAUGGCGAUACAGGAAUUUGGAAUGACACUGCAUGAAGAAACUUGGGUGGUAACCAGAGAGUGCGUAUCGAACAUGAAGCAGGUGGUUGUGUGUAUCAUGCCACUGAGCUGA